AUGGCAACUAGACGAUCACACAACAAGACAAGGUUGGGAUGUAAGGAGUGUAAGCGGAGGCGUAUAAAGUGCGACUGUAAGCACCCAUCGUGUGGGAAUUGCGACAAGAAAGGCGACACAUGCAGUUUUCUCAUGCUGGCCCCUUCGUCGCGCCUCUCGACAACUUCGACAUCACCCGCAUCAACACAACAGCUCACCACAUCACCAUUUCCUACACCAAAGACACCCGAAACCCGAAACGCACCGGCGUAUUCGCCGACCAACCUCAUCGCAUUCAGUAAUGAAGUAGCCCUCGCAACGCAAACACCACGUCACACUGAGGUCUUUUUUGAUGACUCGCCUCUAGACUUCUCCACCAGCUUAACGACAUCUCCUUCCCAACAAGGGUAUUUCCCAGAGCUUACUAUACCACCUUACCUCCGUUUAGACGAUGCCUGGAAAGAUGUUCGGGAGCUUCUUCCGCCACCACUGCAAGAGGUCUUGUGUCACUACGAGUUCACGACUUCUCUCACUCUGGCAGGCGAUGACCCUGCGAAGGCAGCAUGGCAGACCUAUAUUCCUGAAAUGGCGCAAAAUCACGACUUCUUAACCAACUGUGUACUUUCAGUCGCCUCUUUACACCUCGGUCGGCUUUACGAUCGCAAAGAAGACAAGAAGAGGAUGGAAGCUUUGGCAGCAGCACGAAUGAACAAAGCUUUAGUAAGGUAUAGAACAGAGCUCGAGAAUGUAACUCAAGAAAACGCUGCAGCACUCUUUGCAAGUUCGACAUUCACAGCCGUGUACCUCUUCCGCACUUCCGCGAUAGAUAUCGAGAAUUUACGAGCUUCAAUAUCGCCAGAUACCGUUGUACCGCCACCCGACAUAGUAGACAAGAUGUUGUCUUGCGCGUUAAGAACGAUUUGGGGACUUCGCGGUCCCCUCACUGUUCUUCUGUCGGGCUGGAAUUGGGUCGUGAGAAGUAAAAUGCAACCAGUCACAGCACGAGAAUGGUGGCCAAAAACCUCCGUGCCAGCGACUCCGCGCGCCCUUACAGAAGACCAACGUCUUGAAGCCAUCGAAAAGCUGUGGAUGGAAAGCGAAGUAUUUUCAGAGCCGCACUGCGUCUACCUCUCCCAAGCUCUUCUAUAUCUUCGCCAAAGCUUCAAUCUGAUCAGUCAACUUACCUUACCCGAACGCUACCCGCCCAUGACAGCAGUACCCUACUCUAUCGAUGAUACUACUAUCUCCACACUCACAGACCGUGGUGCUAUAUUCGUCUGGGCAGCCCGCAUAUCCCGCGAAUUUAUUGGUCUUAUCGAGGCCAAAAAUGCUCAUGCUCUUGUCAUACUAGCUCAUUACGCUGUUUUGCCUGGACGGGUGAGGAACGUAUGGUGGUUGGAGGGUCUGGGGGCCGAUAUCGUGACGGCGGUAGCAAUGGCGUUGGGCCGCGAAAACUGGGCAUUGAUUGAGUGGCCAGCUGGAGUUGUGGGUGUGGACCUGAACUGCGCGUUUGGUUUGGGAAAGAGGAGGGAUGAGCUUGAGGGGACGCCUUCUGAGAUGCAUAUGGAUGUUAUUUGA